AUGAGGGCAGCCAGGGGAUCCCAGCCCGACCAGCGGGAAGGGGUUUGGGCUGUGAGGGGAGCUGCAGGGUCCCUGACCCUGGGUCCUGAGGGGAGCCCGGGGCCCCCUGGGCGCUGCGGGGACCAAGGUCCCCAGGACGUGAGGGGAGCCGGGGGCCCUUGA